UAAUAUCAAUUAUUCGAGUAGCAGCAAAAAUAUACAGCAUGUUUUUGUUUUAGGUUGCGUUGAUGGGCGUAACUGGACAAAGAAUGUCCAAUACGUGACGGUAAUGUUUUGACACAGUUUUUAGGUUAUUAUGUUUACAUAGCUUAAAACCAACUGCUUAAAAUUUUGGUUUAUAUUUAGUGUGUUUACAUAAGUGCAUUUCUGUAUGCUUGCAAUAGGCUAAGCAUUUGUUGGUUAAAUGGUGUUGAAUGUAAUUUUUGGAACCUCCUAUAUGUGAUUUGUAAUACAAUCUAAAUUAUAGGUAUUAAAAAGUGUUUAUUUUUUGGCAUCUUUAAAUAUUGUUUAGGUAGUUGUUUUGUUAUAAAGUGUAAUAUUCACACUAUUUCUUUUCUUGUAAAACUAGGUUAAGUAGUAAGCUGGACAUGAUGAACGUUAUAAUUUUUGUGUUCAUUCAAGCAAAAAAUAAAUAUUUCUAACGAAUUAGGUAUUUUAAUUUUAAAUCUGGGUUAGUGUUGAUCACAUUUUAUACAAAAGAAAAAAUUCCCUAAAGACCUGACGUAGUAAUUUGUCUGUAUUUUAUGCAACUAUAUUCAAGAAAUUCCUAUGCAUUCAUCAAAAUGUUUAUCAGGAUGUUUCUUAGCCACACAUUGCAGGCUCUGGAACAUUUUGGACCAGCAACAAGGUUAAGCAGGUAACUCAUCUACUUUUAAACACAGGCUGAAGAAGCAUCUCUUAUGCAUCUAUACUACAUGAUUACUUAAAGGGUUAUUCACUGAAAACUUUUGUGUAAAUGGUAUGAAUGUAUUAUGGCUUUUAUAUUGAUUACUGUUUUAUCACAGUUUAACUUGCAGUAGCUAGAUGAUAAGCUAUUUUACUUUCCAUUUAGCAUUCUUAAAUUUGCAGAAAUAGUUGCAAAAAAUACUAGCAAAUUUUUUUUUUUUUAAUUUUUAUGGAAAAACUAGAAAAAUUAAAUUAAGUUGUUGUAAAAUUAUACUAAACACAUGGUGGCUAAAUAAAGUAACAAAAUAUGGCAAGAAUAAGAGAACUGGCCUGUUUGAUACUUUCUGAAAGUUUAUUUAUGAACAAGGCAAAUGAAUGUGGCAUGAAAGCAAAUAUGAGAAUGGUACAGUUUUAAUCAUAAGGGGACGGAGUCGCCCACAGAAAAAUUGCAUUGCUGUCGUUUUUAGUAUAUUUUUUACUGGUAAUUAGGAACACAUACACACAAUAAAUUACCGUUAUGAGUCACUUGGGAAACAUCAGUUUCUAGUAUCGAAUUUCACUACUGACUUGUAUAUAAAAAAAUCCACUAUCUCCCUGCAGCUACUUUUCUGGCCUUUCGGAAGAAGAUAGUUUAUGCAAGAUCCAAGAGUGAGAAGCAGAGAUAAGGAAACUUGAGAUUGUGAGUGGAGUGGUAGUCAUCCUUUCUGGUUUGGCUAAACUGGUCAGAGUAGACUCACUCUUAUGAGUUGCGACUUGUGACUAUACAGUGCACACAGAAUUGCUUCAUAGUUUGCUGGCAAUAAUUAUCUGGCAUUACUUAAGAGAUGAACUCUGUGGAAGUCACGGCCCGAAAACAACAAGAAAGAGAAACAUUGCGCAACGUGAUUGCGCAAUGGAAUGCCAAUCGCCUGGAUUUGUUUGAGCUAUCCGAACCAAAUGAGGACUUGGAGUUCCAUGGGGUAAUGCGAUUCUACUUCCAGGACUCAGGUCAGAAGGUGGCAACAAAAUGCAUCAGGGUAGCUUCAGAUGCAACUACACAGGCAGUUAUCGAGACUUUAAUAGAAAAGUUUCGAGCAGACAUGCGUAUGCUCUCAUUACCUGAGUAUGCACUCUAUGAGAUUCACGAGAAUGGAGAUGAACGAAGGUUGGGUAUGGAUGAAAAACCAUUGCUGGUGCAACUCAACUGGCAUAUGGAUGAUAGAGAAGGAAGGUUUCUGCUGAGGAGAAUUGAUGACACUACCAUUGUACCUGCAGUUGGCUUUACCCAAGAUUGUGGGUCAAGUUUCCGACGGAAACUGUCAAAACGUGAAAAGAAACAAUUGAAAAAGAUAGAGAAGCAGAAUAAAGCUAAAUCGCCCAGUACACCGAAUGGCAAUGAUUCAGGAGUAGCUGAGAAACUUUAUACAGAGCUUCCAGAAACAAGUUUUACACGGUCCAUCUCAAAUCCUGAGGCUGUGAUGAGGCGGAGACGUCAGCAGAAGCUGGAGCGUAAAUUGCAGCAGUUUAGAAGCAAAGAUGGUGGGCCCGACACUGGUGGAACACUAAAAAUAUAUGGAGAAUCCUUGUGUCGUGAUGUGCCGUACAAGACACUGCUUCUUUCUGUUCGAGAUACAGCACAACAAGUUGUUAAGGAGAUGCUGGCCAAAUAUGGACUUGAAAAAGAAGUGGAUCCUCAUAAUUUCUGCCUUGUUCAGGUAAAUACUUCUGCAUCAGCUGACAAUGGUGAAACCAAGGAGUAUCAUGGAGGCAGCAAUAACAGAGAGUAUAUUUUGGAUGAUGAUGAAUGUCCACUUGCAAUUUUAAUGAACCAUCCUUCGUCGAGAGGUUCAAUCAUGUUCCACGUGCGGCGGAGGCCAGCAGAUUACCAUCCUCGCAAAAGGAAGAAAAAACCUCAGCAAAAGUGGAACAACAAACCUAGUGAUUCUUUGGAUUACCGUUAUGAGGAUAGCCUGGACCGAUUACCUUACUUCCUUGAGUUAAAUCCAGAUGGGACUGAUGUAAAUGGUACACCAAAACGUCACAGACUCCAUCCAAAUGUGACUGAAGUUGGAAGUGAACGCUCCACAAACAGCCAUGGACAGCAAUCUCAGUCAUUGCAGUUAUUUGGUUUCAAUGUCCAACCUCGCCACUGUGUUAUUGCCAACACGGAGGGCAUAGUGACCGUCACACCUUGUAGUGGCAAUGCAGAGACAUAUGUAAAUGGACACCGAAUUUACGAAACUACCAUAUUGCAGAAUGGAGUAGUGGUGAAAUUUGGCCGCAUCCAUAGUUUCCGGUUCAUAGACCCUUCUGUUGAAGAGAGAUCACGCCAGCGCUAUGACUCUGCACGACAGGUUCAUGAAUACAAUACUUACGAAAGACAAUCAUCACGGGAAGAUAUAGUUCCCAUUGGCUCGCCAACGUCUGUCCCAAAUUCCAACAGUAUUAAUACUAACAGCCCUAGCAAUGGGGGUCCUAAUAGUUCCUCACAGAACUAUGAAACAACUUUUGAUGUUGAUGGUAAUGUAGAAACUGUUUCAACAUCAAGUCUUGGGAAUAAAGAAGAAACCAGGUCUCGACGAUCUGUUAGCAGUAGCAGAGAUGGAAACAGAUUUUCAAACUAUGAACGUUACCCGCGGGGAACUGAUCCAAUUCUGCCAGCUGUGCUUGAGUUUCGAGAAGAGACUGAAGAAGCAUUUCUGCGUGCAGUAAUCACAGACUUGGAUAUAUCUGUUACCCAUUUCAAGUUGGCACCCACAUACACUCUGUAUUUGGUGGCUCGAUAUCGUGCAUCAACUCACUACGCACACGAGCUCACGCCUACCGAGCGUGCACAUCGGCUGACAGCAUUGCUGACUCGUGUAGCCAACCUUAUACACGGCGUUAUACAGGCUAAAUAUUCCGAUGCCAAAUUUUUGGCUUUCUGGAUGGCAAAUUCUUCUGAAUUGUUGCAUUUUCUGAAGUCUGAUCGCCAUAUCUCUGCAUUUUCGUUAGAAACUCAGGAUAUCCUCAGCGACUGUGUGCAAAUUGCAUUCAGGAACUUAGUGUCCUCCUUACAAGGGGAAGUUGUCUCUGUGAUGCCCAGCUUCAUGUCUGAGGAAGACGAUGGUCCAGAAAACGACAACACAUGCCCUGUAUUGCAAUUGCUCUCGUCUACAAUGGGUAUUCUUCGUCGUUGCCGCGUAAAUGCCGCUCUUACUAUACAGUUAUUUUCACAGCUAUUCCACUUUAUAAACAUGUGGGCAUUCAAUACUGUGGUGACAUCAUACAGCACUUCUCACAAUUUGUGUUACUGCACCCGUGCGUGGGGCUUGCGCCUUAAAUCACGACUGGCUCAUUUGGAAGCUUGGGCAGAGAGACAAGGUCUUGAACUUGCUGCUGAUUGCCAUUUGGCAAAAAUUAUCCAAGCUGCCCAUCUACUUCAGGCUCCAAAAUACAAUGCAGAUGAUCUUGCCAACUUGAGUUCAACAUGCUUCAAAUUAAACUCCUUGCAGUUGCGAGCAUUACUUACCAAGUAUCAGCCUGCCCCAGAUGAACCAAGAAUACCUCAGGAACUUAUUGAAAAUGUGGUGAGGGCAGCUGAGAACGUAGCAGAUGAGCUGGCACGCUCCGACGGACGAGAGAUUCACCUCGAAGAAGCGGCGGAACUGAAGCUGCCGUUCUUAUUGCCAGAGGAUGGUUACAGUUGUGAUGUGGUGAGGGGGGUCCCACAAGGCUUGGCCGAAUUCUUAUUGCCAUUACAGCAAGCAGGACUGUGCCGCAUGACGGUGCAGCCAACUUCAAGUGGCUUGUGGACCAUUUACCUGAACCAGGAUCACAAUGCCAUGGCCAGAAGUCCGAGUGCUAUGAGUAAUAGAUCGGGGGGUGGGUUUCGCCCAGCGCAACCUGAGCCAGAAAUCCAGGUCAUCACACUCAAUAAAUCCAACAAUGGCAUGGGACUUAGCAUUGUGGCUGCCAAGGGGGCUGGCCAGGACCGGCUAGGAAUCUACAUCAAGUCGGUGGUGAAGGGAGGUGCAGCUGAUGUGGAUGGCCAGCUAGAAGCUGGAGACCAGUUGCUGAAGGUUGAUGGUCAGAGCCUUGUUGGGAUCACACAGGAGAAAGCAGCUGAGUUGUUGGUGAGGACAGGCAACCCAGUGACCCUACAUGUGGCUAAACAAGGAGCUAUUUAUCAGGGCUUGGCAACGUUGCUGCAGCAGCCAUCUCCAAUAAUAGGGAAAGGCCGACAUCACAGUGAGAGAGACUUGUCAUCUGGCAUGCAGGGUAAACCAGGCAUUCUGGGAGAUCACAGACAGAAUAUGCCAACCAUACAGAGUUCUAAGUCGGUACCAUCUCUUAACACAGACACUGGUGAUAUGUUGCACAGCCCGACAAUUCCAUCCUCUGGAAUAGCUUCCGGAAACAAACAUGAAGUAUUCAACCCUGGUUACAGCCGCACUUCUUCCACAAACUCUAUUCCACAAAAGACUUACGAAGGAGGCCCGCCGGCAUCAGUAUUAACACCUGCAACAGGACUGCGCUCUAAGUCUAGCCAAAAUUUAAAUGACAUGAGACUUCCACUGACAGGACUUGGGUCAAGGCAAUCUUCAAACCCUAGUUUGCACCCACCUGCACAUGGCCAUGUGCAAGGACAUUUGUAUUCUAAGCCAUCAGCCAACCAUCCUCCAAACACCGCACCUCCGACCCAUGUGAUGUAUAAGCAUGGAAACACAGGUGUCCAGCACUACAGUCAACAAGGCGUGGAAGGAGAGCGGUUCUACCAAAAUUUGAGUGUGUAUCGUAACCAGGAUACUUAUAACAACUAUUCUGCUGCAGGACAAGAAAAAGCACCAAGCCCACAGAAUGUUAAUGAAAGACCUCCUACCCAGCAAUCACAGAAACCCUUUUGUGGAUCACAGUCGUCUCUUCAUCGUCCACAAGAAGUGAUGCUUCAUGAUCGGGACCGUCCUGUAUCUGCAUACAUCCCUCCAAUUGAAAAUACUUUGCAGAAACAGGGUGCCCUGCCUCGUGCACAGUCAGCAAGAGACAUUAUUCGUCAAGAUGCCAAGUUCAUUGAAAUGCAGGAGGAGGUACAAAGAAAGAAAAUGGAGGGUAUUGGGUCCCCAGUGCACCAAUAUGUUUUAGCACCUGCUUACCCUCGAAUGCAGGGAGGGCCAGGAUUGUUGCAGCGUGGCGUACAAGGCUAUGCUGGACACAGGCCUCCAGGUUUACAAGGUCAUCAGGGUCUUGUAUGUCGGCCGCAGCCACCUCAGAUGAUCCACCACGUACCAGUGGACCACGGUCAUUCGAACCCUAGGAGCCACGGCCCUCCGUUCAGUCCAUCAGGCCGCCCUCCGGUGCCAGCUUCUGCUUCGUCGCUCAACCCUGCUGUGUUUUCCCAACCACAUUACGCCCCAGCGCCAGCUGCCACGAACAGACAGUCGUUUCAGCCUGGGUACUGGGAGAGUCCGCCCCCACCACCACCACCUACUUCUACUCACCCGUUAUAUCAGACAGGCCAGCGGAUGAUGAUGCACCCGCCUGGGUAUACGGAUGAAGCUAAUAGACUAAGUGGGUCACGACCAUUUCACUAUGAUGUAGCUAAUCCUUGGGAACGUGAAGAGAAGGAAAAGGAACAGCAACGUAGGCUCGAAGCUGCUAGAUUGUAUAGAGACCAACUAAUUUUUGAGUUGAUUAACAAGCAAAAUCGUACGCCCAAGGAAGAGGAGCAGCUUCAAGCCUUGAAACUGGAGAGAGAUUUCCAGCGUCGUGCAGAGGAGGAUGCUGCAGCGGGGUGUGAUGAUGAGGAAGAAGGAGAUGACCAAGAACAAGUGGAAACAUCUGCGUCACUGACACAACCACUUCAACCAGCUGAACAUCAUGUACAUGGUGAUACUUAUCCUGCUACUGGUACAGGCGCUUAUUCAGCACUGCAGCCAGGGCGACCCACUCAUGUCGAAGGAGCUGUCGAUGAUGCUGAACACAAACGAACCAAAGAUGAUCAUGAAAUUGACAGCAGAAGGGAUGAUGGUCUGAAACAGCAACAGAAAAUGUCUUCAAUUCCAGUUCAGGGAAAUCGUCAACCCACCAACAUUUCCCAGAAUUACUCCCCUAACCAUCACUCCAUUAUGACAGGCAAGCCUGCUGUGUGUGCUACCAGUAGUAAUUUGCAUACAAGUGUUCCAGCAGCUCAUUACUCAUCACCAUCUGUGCCUAGGGCAGAAAUGGGUCCGUUGCGACUUGAUAACUUGAUCACAAAUGAGUCCAGUCCUGUUGGGAACAAUACAAAUCACCAGCGUGGUAGCUAUCAACAUAAUUACAAUGGGUAUUUGACAGUACAAUCAAGUACAGGCUUUCAGAAUAACAGCCCUUACUACCAAGAAGCUGGAACUGGCAGUAAUUACUAUGCUUCACCUGGUGGUAGCCACACCAACAAUCAAGCAAAUCCACAGUCUGGAAGUCAGAGACUUGAUUCACUUCUGUUAAGUGAUAUAAGUGAUCUGCCACCCCAGCCACCGGAGCGUGGAUCUUCAUUCUCAGUCAUGUAUCAGUCUCGAGGAAUGUCAAGUAAUGCAACUUUGCCAGGACCCAACAGGAUACCUGAACCAGUUGCAGACAAUUCCUCCUACAUUGCUGAAACUACAAGUGGUAUCAAAAAAGUUUCAUUUCAUGAGUCAUAUACAAGUCAACCACAGUCUCCUGUUAUGCAGUCUUCUUCAUUUGAUCAAACAAUUGAGGAUCCAAACACCUUCAUCAAUGAAACUCAAAAUAUUCUUGCAUCAAGGAGCCCUGAUGGGUCAGGCUUUGGAAACACUCCUGGAGUUAUUGGAGCUCAGGAAGUUUACAAGGACCCUCGAGCUCGGAUGUUGGCACAGCAGCACCAACAACGAUCGACGAGAACAACUCCUCUCCCUGAAAAACUUUCAUUCAAAGAGAAAAUGAAAAUGUUUGCAAUGACAACUGGAGAAGAUGGGACCCCACGUGACAAAGUAAAAAUAUCACGUGCACAACGAAAUAUUGAUAACCUCAACAGUCCAUCUCAUGCCAGCAAUGCUGUCACAAACAGUAGCAGUACUAAUAAUGAUACAAAUGGUAAUGAAAACGGUCAUUAUAAUGAGAGCAACUGUAACAAUAACAGCAAUAAGAACAGCAAUAAAAGUAACUAGUGUUGCUGGAGCUGAUGCCAGUAGUUAAUUAUUUUUAGUGGAUGCAGCUAUAUUUUUGUACUAUAUCAUUAGUGUUGCUAGGUAUUAAAAGGAAUGGCAGCUGUUUAUCUGAAUCUUUAAGUGCCCUAGUGAGAUUCCGUAUGUUUAUUUUAAAAAGUAUAUUUUCUAUAUAUAUAUUUAUAGUGUUCCUUAAAAUAAUCACAUUUAGCAAAUACAUAAAGCAAAUAAAACCAUGUUUUGCCUUGGGAAAAUCAUUUUAUUGUGUUGACCAAUACAGAUGUGCCGAUUACUCAAUGUACCAACCACACUUGCCUAAGUAGCUCAUAGAUUCAUGUUUGUUAUAAUUUAAAGCACUUAACUGAUCAUUGCAUGUAAUGGUUGGUUCAGCACGAUUAGCUAAGAUAGUGCAAGAUUGUUUGCAAAGUGGAUAUGGAUACAUUUUUGCAUGUAUGGUAAUAUACUUAAUGUAUUCAAUGUUUAAGAGUAACAUAUUAGUGAGGAAUUUUCAUGAAAUGAAUUCAACCCAUUCAGAGUAAAAAAAUAUGGACCUGGAGAUAACUGUAAACAACCAAGGCAGACAGUAUGAACUUGAAGUGAAAAUGGCUGUAGUUUAAUGAUAAGUUUCGACUUCAGCAAUUUUGAAAUUGUUCUCAAUUCUGGUCCUAUAAUCUGUGUUUUUCAUUUCUGAUGCUCUGUGUUCUCUCACUGUUAUCCAGUGAUUUGUUACCAAUACUACAAAAACUGAACAAACUCCUAAACUCCUGCAUAUUUUAAUAAUAAAAAAGUAAAAGUGUUGCAGCUGUUGUUACUUGCAUAUGGUUUUUUUUAUGGUCAAAUGGCCAACAAAUUUUUACCAACGUCCAGAAUGUAAGUUAGAUUUUCUCUCCAAAGAGUAUAAUUUAGAUUACUAAAAUGAUGAUAUGGAUUAGCUCGCCUGCUGUUUCACUUUGAUGCAAAUGUGUGUGUAAUUAAAUAUCAACUACAGUAAACUCCUGAUUUUCCGCACUAAUUAAGGUAAAUGAUACAGAUAAUUUAAAAAUGCAGAUAAUCCAUUGUACAUGCUGUAUGUAGAGGCAUGAUAAAGCAUUUCAUUCAAUUCAUACUUUUGAAAUGUUUAAUUUCCUUGUUUACUGGCUUCUUAUGAAAAUAUUUAACAAUUUGUCAAUGAAAUGUUCAUUUAUUCGAUUAUAUGUUCCAAUAACAUUUCUUUAGUGCAUAUAUAACAUCUCUUAUUGCCAAAGGAAUCAUAAACUCCGAGAUGUGCAGAAAAUUUACCUUACAGGUGAUGUAAGUCCAUUUUUAACUUGUAAUUAUGUCACACAUCUUUUGAAAAAAAGUGAUAUCACAGACGGCAGUAUUCAACAUCAUCUUCUCACAAAAAAAAAUGCAUAUAAACAGUGUGACAAAUAAGUUUUAGCAAAAUGUGCACACUUAUUCUAUUUCCAUUGUUUUUUUUUGUUUUUUUACAAGAAACCUAAUAUAAAUUUUACUAAAUUCAUGAAAUAGAAGUCUCCUUAAUUUAAAAAAAAAUACCACGAAAGGGCAAAUGCGACCUCUUAUUAUAGCCUAUAGUUUAGCACUGUGUACAUGCAAGGCCUAUUUCACAUAGCUUUUUGUCACGCAAGCUAGAAAAUGUUUUAUCCUGAAAAUGUAGAUUUACUUCAGUUAUAGAUGUCUCAAAGAGGUAUUCUUACUAAAAAAAAAAAAUAUUUUCUUAUUCUCAUUUGUAAAAAAUAAGUAAAUGCAGAAUAGUAUCGUAACAGCUUACCAAAUUAGUGUGUAUGAGGUGAUGCAUUUCGAGCAUGCAUCAUGUAGUUACCAACUCGGUAUUCUUGCAUGUGGAAAUAGAAAGAUGUGGGAUAAUCCAAAAGACAGAAGACAGCAGACACCUGACAACCACGUCAUCUGUACUAGCUAAGACAUUACUAACGCAAGUGUAAAACAGAGAGCAUUAAUUUGUGCAUGUACGUACUAGGCUAGCGAAAGCGUGAGUAGUGUUGCAGGUGACAAUUUUAACCACCGUGAGUGCUUUUUUUUUUCUUGUACAUAAAAAGGCGUAUAAUUAAGGUAAGCCUCAAUAUAACUUUUAUGUUUAAUCACUCGUAGCCAACCAAAACUUUUUCUAUACAUUUGCAUUUAUAUGUCUCAUAUUUCUUUGGUAUUUCUUUAGAAUCAAAGGAGCUUAUUGAAUCAUUCUAUAGGUGCCGCAGAUAAGCAGCAAAGCGAAUAAUUGAGAGUUUACUGUGAAUUGUUGAGUCCAUUUUGUGUUCACUCUUGACCAAAAGUAUACUUCAAAUUGGGUAAUAUUUGUUCAGCUAGUACAAGUAUAGACAUUUGUGUAAUUUUCUAGCACCAGUGUGUUUGUGUAAUAAUUUUAUUGAUCUAGUACCCUAAGAAUUCUGUUGUAGUUUUGUCACAUAUUACCAAUAUUGAAGUUUUCGAUAAAUAUUGGUGCAGAAGCAAUACUGUACAACUUAAAAUCAUUUUUUAAACAGUAUUUUUGUAGUUCUGUAAGAAACCUGUUCAUGUUACUUGUAACAGGAAGACAUUUUGGAGUUUAUUGUAAAAAAAUAUCAUAUUUUAGAUGGAUUUUUCCAUAUGGAAUUGGUGUCGUAGAGAAAUAGGAAAUAUUUCAAAAAAUUACUUUUCAAAAUUGUUUUGAGAAGACAUUUCCUAUUUACUAUCCAUGCAAAAUUUUAAUGAUUUUAUGUGAUGUAUUUGUGUUAGCUACUCUAGCUUAAAUUGUAAGUAAUGUGAUAAAAAUUAUUUUAAUUUGGGGCAUUCAGUAAUAAUAAAGUAGCACACAUGUACUUCUUAAAAAAAUGUAAAAAUUAUUAACUGUCAGGUUUAGAUUUUUAGGCAGGUCUUGAAAGGCUAGUUUCCAAAAAAUGAAAAACAUGUAUGACAGCUGACAUCAGAAUCUUUGUCUACUCUGCCACCAAGAUAAAUAAACUGCAUUUAUAUAGUGAGAACAUUUAAAGUACUUGCAAAAUACCAAAGCAGCAACAUUAAAUUGUUUCUUAUUAAAUUGUAUGCCAUGAAAUCUGAUUAAUUUGCCCUGCAGGUGACCAACAUUACAAAUGUUUGUCACAGUUUGCUGUGUUAUUUUUUUUAGCUCAAGACACCAUGAUACAGUUUAAGCUAAUAGUAUAUCUAGAGUUCAUUAACUUCCAAACUAGUCUAGAACUUAAAAUGUUCAGUAUAUAUUGCCAUAAUUAUAAUAUUAAAACAAAAUUUUUUAAAUUUUUUGCACAAAGAUUGUAUUUCAGUUUGACGCUGGAUGUACACUCACUCUGAAAAAACACUUGUAUGCUCUCCUCUAGCUAUAAAGCAGGAAAUUUAGCAGAGCCUCAGAAAAUAUUGAUUGGAGGAUUCAGGCUGAUGAGUUAAUGUACAAUCCAUGGUAACAUUUCACAGACAAAACAAAUUGUUCAUUUACAAAAUCUUGUCACAACUGACAGUAUGUGCAAGUAUAAAUAAAAACAAUACUGGUAGUCCUGACUACCCUGUGCACCAUGAACCACUAAAUGACUAUGAAGCCAAACUAAUUGGUAAAAGAGUGUAUGAUACAACUAUUUAUAGAAGUUAACAGAAAAAAUUUUUUAAUCCAAUAGAAGUUUAUAUUGUUUCAGAAAUAACACUAUGUAUUAAGGAUAUUUUUGACUGUAAAAAUGACAGCUGUUGUGCCUUCCACCACAAAAUGGCUGCUAUGUAAGCACCAGCAGCAUGUUCCAUGUUGUAUGCUUGUAUUUAUUUGCUUUAAGUAACAGGUGAAGCAUUGUGUAAAGUGAAUGAAGAUAACACGUUAUGAUUUAACUAUGAGAGAAAACUAACAAACAAGUGAUAAUAAUAUUAUUUUUUUUUACAAGUAAGAGAGGAUAAAUUUACUUUCACUCAAAUAGUUAAACUAUGAUUGAAACAACAAACCACCUGUGGAAGGAAUGUAAUCACUGGUCAGGUUGGUAGUAUACAUAUAAAUAAUUAUUUUUCUCUAGGUACAUUGUAUUUUGAGUUGGUAUGUUUGUGUAUGUUGUGUUCUACAACAUACAAAUUACUUGAAGUUUCAUUACGUAGGAAUUUUUGAGUUAUUCAGUAGAAUGUACAUGCCACUUUUAAAAAAUUUAACUUUGAAUUGCAAUUUUAAAAUUUGUUUGUAUUAUGAAGUUUAUAUUGUACAUGUUAUUUAUUAUAAUAGUUUACAUUAUCAAAAGUUUAGGAAUUAAUUUAAUAGUCAUGAUUGAAUGUUACAUUGUAAUUUCAUUUUAUUUCCAAGGUAACAUGUAUUACACACAACUACUUUCAGAACCAUUAAAUAUAAGUGUUCUCAUUUGUGGGAUUACCUCAAUUGGGUGUGCAAUACACUGUAAUAUGCUGAUUUAAUGGGAAUGACUGCCAUGUCUUGUACAUGGUAAUUAAAUGGUUCAAGUCAAAAUUAUGUUGCAUAAAUAUAUCUCAAUUAGUUAAAGUGUAAUCAAAAUUGGUAACAUAAUUUAUGAUUCUAAUGGAAUGUGUGCAUUUUGGUUGAAUUUGUUAACCACACAACUCCAUCAUUUUAACUUUGCUUUGACUCUAAUUUAGUUUUGAGUAGAGGAGAGUAAGCUAAUUGAAAUUUCAAUUUGAUGUUUAAACUUAAAUUCUAUCUACUGGAUAUAAAAAAGUCUUACCUGGCUAUUAAUAUUUAAUAAUAAAUGUACACAUGGUAAAUGUUAUAAUGAUGCUUAGGUUUUUAUGAAUAUUUUUUAGUGAAAAUGUUUUAGUAAAAUACAGUGUAAAAUAAUAAAAGUCACUGCACAUCAGUGAAAUAUUUUGCCAGUUUCUGCACGUAUUUCAUCUCAAUUUGCAAGAUGUGAUAUCGUGGAAUUGGAAUCAACUUUGUAUUAUCGUGUUUAUUUUUAUUUGUUCUAGUGCUAGUUGAAGCAAUAAUAUAUGAAUAAAAAUAUCAUCGAGAUUUAGACAAAGGCACUAUAAACAUAAGAAUAAACAACAGCAGUAAAACCAGCUCCAGCCUCAUGACCCAUCACUAACUGUAGUAGUGCCUGCAAGGCUCAAAGAGCAGGCUCACACUUAGUUCAUGUGGUACAGCACAGAGUGCAUACUGCUUGCAGCUGGGUGUGCAUUCUCUGUGGAGAAUCAGGACUAUCACUGUUACCAGAUGAGACCAUGUCAUAUGCAUGUCACACGAAAAAUAGCAACUAAACCAUUUCUGUAAAAUACUCGUUACAAACCACCUGAAAAUUUUGUUGAUUAAUAAGAUAAGUAAAUUGUUUGCUUUGCAAUAAAGAGUACGUUUCGUUAAAAAUUUAUGUUGUUUACAUUAAGAUCAAAUUUUUUUGAUGUUUAACUAACAGAUUAAUUCAAAUUUAACUAAUCAAAAUUAAGAGUAACAUAUAAGUGAGGAAUUUUCAUGAAAAUAAUUCAACCCAUUCACAGUAAAAAAAUAUGGACCUGAACUUAACUGUAAACAACAAAGGCAGAUAGUAUGAAGUUGAAGUGAAAAUGGCUGUAGUUUAAUGAUAAGUUUCGACUCCAGCAAUCUUGAAAUUGUUCUCAAUUUUGGUUCUAUAAUCUGUGUUUCUCAUUUCUGAUGCUCUUGUUCUCUCUCACUGUUAAUCCAGUGAUUUGUUACCAAUACUACAAUAACUUAACAAACUCCUAAACUCCUGCAUAUUGUAAUAAAAAAAGUGAAAGUGUCGCAGCUGUUGUUACUUGCAUAUGGUUUUUUUUAUGGUCAAAUGGUCAACAAAUUUUUACCAAUGUCCAGAAUGUAAGUUAGAUUUUCUCUCCAAAGAAUAUAAUUUAGAUUACUAAAAUGAUUAUGUGGAUUAGCUUUAAAUUAAAAGUUUUCAGAGUAAUUGCCCAGCUCUAACAGGAUGUGCAUAAGUAAUGUUACAGUGUUUCAAGGUGUGUGCAUAGUACAAGUUAAAGGAAGGAAAUUUGAAUAUAUAAGGUCAAAAAGAUUUCCUGUCACCGAUAGACAUUUUAACAUGCACAAUGCUAUAUAUAGGCUUUAAAGUUUUCUGUCAGUCUAAUUUUUUUUAAUGUGACUUAAAUAUAUGUAAUUAACUUUGCUGUCAUUUUUGUUGUAGCAGUUCCCUAUUGAAGUUAUACUACUUUAGCGGCUUUGAGGGUGAAAUGUUAGUAAGCAAUGAAAUGGGCAUGCACCACGAUAUGGAAAAUAAACAAAUUGAAGUCCAAUGCACGUGCACGUUUUGUCCAUUUUUGUUCAAACACAAAUCAUACAUCAUAUUUGUUAAAUUAGUUUUGUCAAUGAAUGUAAGUAUAUCAAAAGCAUUAUAACACAUUCAUAUAUACUUAUUGUUUACAUUAUGUGACUGAAUACUGUUUCAGAUAAACUUUUUUUUGGGAAAUCAUGGACAAUAUCCAAGAGGUUGAUCAGAAUCUAGACUCCUUUAGUUCCUGAAUACCAUAGCUGUGUGGAUGCUUGUUAGCCAUCUUGACUAAAGUGUAAAACCUAUGUUGAUCUGGUGAUAUGUGAAAGUUUAUCAUGAGAAACAUUUGUAGUUAUCUCAAAUGACUCUAAAUUGUUUCCGAAACUUGCUUGGAUUCUUGCAAUGCUCAUCAUAUUGACUCAAUAGGAUACAAGGGGUUUCAUGUAACUUAGCAAAUAAUUGUCUUAGAGGGCUAAGUUCCUGUGUUUUUGGCAGCAAUGGUGUAGGAUCCCCUCGACCAAUCUAGCAAUUCACAAAUGUUUGGUCAAGUGGCUGGCACACUACAUGUGAGAAGUGAGUCAAUUAUUUUGAACCAUUUUUGUGACUUGUACAUGAAGGGGCCCAUCUAUUCAGCGGUGUAUCUGUGUGAGGCGGGAUGAUAAGUACGAUGUUCGCUGGUGUUUCUAGCGCGGUAUCGCCUUUAAGCAAGGCCCUGAGCUGGCGCAUAGUCAGACAACUAUGAAAUUUGAGCGGUGACCGUAACAUUAUAUGCUUAAGAAACUAAGAUAAAGGUGUAAUACAAGUCCCUUAAGUGCUUUCAAGAAUCUGUAUCAGUUGUUUUAUGUCUAUAAAUAACUCUGAAAACACGCCUUUCAACCAUUUUAACUCUUAUAAGAAUACACUUUAAAAACUUUAUCCAGAAACAGAACUACUUAUCGGCCCUCAGUGAAUUAUUAAAUACUUUCCGUUAACAGACCCCACUAGGAUAUCUUGAGUAGUUUUCCUAUUGCAUUGUUUUUUUCUGAAUCUCUGCGCAUCGUAUGUGUUCCCAGGUAGGCAGGGCCCUUAAAAGACCCCUCUUCAAGUAGCUUAGGCAGCAUUUCUGUAGAUAGGUACAUUGCAGCAUUGUGGUAAAAGCACACAAGGGAAAAACAGGCCCCGCAACCUUUUGCUUUGCCAGUUACAAAAGAAAACAUUUCUAAUCUCAUUUCACUAGCAAAAAAAAAAAAAAUUCUUUUAACUUGUACUAUCUAGUCUGAAAUAUUGAAACUAUUAUUUAUCAACCUCAGGACAAAGCGAUCUUCUCUACAUACAAAGUGACACUUCAUGUAAGAGUGGGGCAAUUGACUGAUGAAGCACAUGCCACUUUGCUUUAGAGAAUAAAUAAAAAUUAUAAUACUGAACAUAACAAAAAUAUGGGAUUGAUCUUUUUGUACAUACAAAUUAUUGUACAUUCUAUUAGGGAUUUAUUAUUCAAAUCAUAGUCUUGCAAUGGCAAAAUUUGUAGUUACGUAGCCCAUGUCAAUAUAUCUGAUAAAAGUUUGUAGGUGUGUCCUAAAGGUGGCAUUAAUGGGUGUUUUUGUAAAGAUAAAAAAAUGUUGAUACAACUAAUAGUAGUUCAGUUGCAUUGUCACCUCUCAGUAUCACGUGUGUGUCAGCUGUAAGAUGAUAAAAUUUGUUACUUGGAUAUUUUUACUGUUAGAAUCUCAUUUCGUGUAGAAAUUGGCAAAAUUGGGAAAAACUGCCUAAAAUACCCAAAUUAAUUUUAUGGUGCAAAAAUUCCUGAUGUGGUGUUCCCAUUUAUUAUUUAUUCUUUAAUUUAUUUCCCAUUUCAUUCCUAGAAUGUAUUUCUAAAGUUGAAUUCAUUUGAAAAUUUAUUUUUGUUUCUUAAGUGAAACUAUCCUUCAUUUUGGUUUGUAUUUUUGCAACUAUUUAUUAAAAGCUUGUAGUUAUGUGUUGAGUAGUCAGUUUGCAUUUAUUCCAUUUUUUAAAUAGUAUAAGUGAAAUAAUGUUUCAUGAAAUUUAAUGUUUUAAUUUUAAAGCAUUCAUAACUUCACAGUUGGGUGCCAUUUUUUUUUUUUUUGUAUAUUUUCCUCCCCUCUACACACAAUGCUUUAUUGUGGGUACUCUCAACUGCUGCCUUAUACUUACAUGGCAUCACUUUGCUUUUUUCAUUAAGUGUAAUGAUGUUACAAAUUAAGUUUCAGUAUUUCCAUACAAAGCAUUAUUUUAUUUUCAGUAUUGUGUAAAUCUGAUGGUAGUUAACACCUAGUGUGUUAUGAGGUGAUUAAGUAAUGUACAUUUGACUUUCUGAAUUCUUGGCUCAGAGCCAAGGCUUCAAUUGUUUAUUUUAAUCAUUUUCAUGUUAUUUGUUUACAAACAAAUUUCUGGAUUAUUUUAACUCUUUAUGAUUAUGUUGCUUUCGUGCUUUACAGUGUAUAUUUUGAUAUCUUAAAUAGUAUGUGUUAUAUGAAGGUAGAUUAGAUUACUUGUAGAAAUAUUCAAAGAUUAUUUUACAUGAAUCACAAUCAUUAAAAGUUACUGAUUUGUAAAAAAAAAUUUUUUGUUGUGAUAAAACAAAUUUUGCCUUAUGUAUCUUAAGAAAAUAUAUCAUAUUGUAUGUAAAGUAUUAAAAUCAUUUUUAUUAAUGUUUUCAGAUAUUUAAUGUGUAAACCAAAACUAAUUUUUUUCACAUUUCUAUGUAAUGAUGUGUAUAUAUUGUUAUAAAGUAAGGUACUUUAUGAAAUUAUUCUUUAAUUUUUUCCAUGUUUUUAGUAUUCUUAGUGACUAAUAGAGCUGGGCCGAUCACCUAUUUUGCCGAUCAUGCCGAUGCCGAUCAUCUGCUGCCGAUCUUGCCGAUCUUCUGAGCCGAUUAGAGCCUUUCAAGUACCUCUGAUUACACGUUGCUUUUGACGGAUCACUAUAAACGGUGAAAUAUUCCCAGACAAAACUACUUUUCAUUGACAUGAUUACUUAUAAAUCACCACACACACGUACACACAAUUAACUGCGUUAAAAUGUAAUAAGGUCAAACCAAAUCUUCAACCUAAUCACAACUCCGUCAUUCUGUAAUCCGUGUGUGCCGGUAGACGUCAGCGAUGAUAAUUUUAUUCCCCCCAGUGCCGCCAACAAACUUUCAAUAAUUCUCGAUUGUAAGUUAAUUUGUGAAUACGAAAUACAGUAGAACCUCGUUAAUUCGUAAUGGUCGGGACCAAGAUAAUCACGGAUUACCGAAUUUCACGGACUAGCGAUUAUAAGCCCGGAAGGUCUUUUCAAGCUUCUUAGACACCAGCGUGCAGCUGGGUUAAGGCCAAGGUCAUGUGAUGUAACAUCUCCCGAGGCUUACUGCGCCUUGGCAGCAGAUGGAUAAAAAUAGUAAACUCCCCAUUAUUCAUGUUAAUUGGGACCCGCCGAUGCCCGGAUAAUUGAAAUUCUGUAAAAAAAAAUAAUACUAAUAAUAAACCCGGAUAAUCCGUUCACGGUAAGGGUCGUCUUCGAAUUAGUGUCUCGGCUUAAAAAAACACGGCACUGCCUAGCCAUUAGUUCACGGUCAUUUACAACAGCCGAAGAGAGAAAGAUAAGAUCGUGCUGACCUUGCACACAUAAAUAUUGGGUAGCCCCCCCACCCCCCUCCCUUCAUACGACCAGCCGAAUGCCAGCCAGACACGUCACUCGCCAGGCGCCUGCUGUGCGUAGGCGGGCGGAAAGUAACUCAGCAGCACGUGAAACAACAGUCAAACAAACGGGAGACGGGAAGCAGAAGUCAGGACAUCCCCUCAAGUUUAAAGAGUGACAAAUGUGACAGCUGAAAGGGGGGCGACACAAAGGGUCGGUACAAACAGCGUAGCAGAGUUUGACGGCCCACGCGAUGGCUUGCAGUGUUUGCCGGCCACCGGCCCGCGUGACGUAAAUUUUAAGCUCUGACAAUUUUAGAUCUUCUUUUUUUUCCUGCACUUUUAAAUCGUCCCGGAUUAUCCGAUUCCCGAAUUAGCGCGUCACGGAUUAACAAGGUUCUACUGUACCACUAAAUGGGGAACAAAACUCUUCAUCAACCAGGUUUUUAUACAAAAGAAAAAUAAGCUCUAUUUCCCGCUAAACAGGGUAAGAAUAUUAAUUUCGCUAAACAAAACUUUCAAUAGGCCAUAUUUAGCGAGAAAAAACUAAAUAGAUGAAUUCCCGAAGAGGUAGACUAACCACAAGACUACUAGCGCUAUUAAUCUGUACGAUUUCCGUCGCGCGACGCGCGUCACUCUAAUCUCUGGCGUCACAUAACCAACCUAAACAACAGUCGCCAUUCGCCAUUGCGGUAAUAUUAACCGUAAAUGGUAAACAAAUACAUAGUUUUCGGUUCGUAAAUGAUAAAUAACUUUGCAAAUAGUAUAAUGGAAAAUUAUUUUACCGAAAGUACCGUAAAUAUACGUGGAAAUUGAUACUUAGGUAUGUAACUGUUCAAUGUUUAUAAAACAUACGCUAUUUGUUUACUUAAUUGGUAUAUUUUUUUCGUGUGCGGUUAGUUUUAAAUUAUUAAAUCCUAUUAUUUUUCGAUGAAUAAUUGAAUUUUCUUCCCGAAAAGUACCGUAAACAAACAUGGAAAUUCGUUAGAUAUAGGUAAUUAUUCAAUGUUAUAAGUUUGCAGUAGGAUACCAAUGAUCGGCUCAAAUAAUCGGCUACGUUUUGCCGAUCAUUAUGAUCGGCAAAAUUAACAAAAUCGGCCGAUUAUUACGAUCGGGGAUCGGCAUCGGCCCAGCUCUAGUGACUAAUGAUAUAACAUUCUCGACAUGAACACAUAUCUAACCACCAAUCACAAUAACAAUAUUUUGUUUUUUCUGAACUUGCUGUCCAUAAAUAUAUAGUUAAUUACAGUAAAAACCCGUUGUUAUCACCUCUCAUGGUUCCAGUUAUAGGGUCAUAAUAAGAGGGGGGUUUGUAAUAAACAUUUUGAACUGAUUGACCUACCCACUACCACUGUACAUCAAAAUAUACCUUUUUCACACUAAGUGUGUUUUCUGUUGUCCCCGAAAAGAAGUUCACCAGUUUUCAUAAAUAAAUUUAAAUUUAUUUUAAUAACAUUUGUCUUCCAAAAAAAAGAUACUCAAGAAAAGCAGAUAACCUACUGUCACCGAAACUAGCAUAAACAUAGUGAAGUGCACGCAACUGUAUCUAUUAACAAGCUCUAAACUAUAUUUGAUAUUGAUUUCAGGUUUGAAAUUGCAAGAAUUUUUUAUUAACUUCAAAAUUUAUUAGACAUGGGCUGUAACUAUAUACGUCCAUGCCAGAGAGGUCAAGAAGGUUAAGCACCAUGACAACACAUUCUAGGUUAUAGCUUGCGUGGUCAGUCCGUAGUUGCUUUUGUGGUCGUUUCUCUCUCUCUCUCUCUCACACACACACACACACACGCACGCACGCAGUGCACCUACCUACAUUCCUUUUCUCUAUUGCACCUCCCCCUCCAGAAUUCCAAACCUGUCUCAUCUGUUGCAUCAGUGGUUCAGGAGGGGACAAAGGUGGCAUAAAUAACGCAGUCUAAGAGGCAGAGCAUGUAGUUUAUCGACUACGCUCUUCACAUAGCUGGCAGCAGUAAGUGUUAUUCUUUGCAUUUUUUUCGAUAAUGCACCAUUUUCAAGAUACUUUAGCCGAGAAAGUCGUGAAAACAUAAUUCAUAAAAUGAGACCCUAUUUUUGUAAAGAUUCUUAUUAAAUAUGAAAUGUGAUUUUAUUUUUUGUUCAACUUCAAAUCAUUACAAAUCACAUAAUUUUUUUAGUUUAUCGCUAUCACAAAAUUUUUCAGGUUCUAGUAAUAACAAUAACAGAAGUAAACAGCGAGGGUAGCAUAAGAGCAAGCAAUAUCCCAAUGGUUUGCUGCUGGCGGGUGGAUGGAAGACAAAUUGGCACCACUGAACUGGAAUCUGGGAAAGGAGGGAGGAGAUCAGAUAGGGGGAGCUGGUGUCUGCUACAACACAUUCAGUACAGUGCUCGCCAAGAGAAACACAGUCAAAUUUGCUUUCAAUGAAUUUUCAAUUUUAUUUUAUUAUUUUUUUUUAAUACAUUUCAACACAAAUUUGUUAAGUUUCCUCAAAAAGGGGGCUAAUAGAGAAGUGGUCGUGAUAAAUGGUGUUCGUUAUAACCACUGGGUUUUACUGUAGUUUUAAAGUGCAGUAUAUAUGUUCUUUGCUUGAUUGGCACUUAGCUAGUAAUCACUACAUUGAUGCACAAAAUGCUAAUCAAAUAAGUUUUUGGUUGGUUUGCCACAAAGUGAUUUGUAUUAUUUAGAGAGAGGGCAGAUUAGAAUGGUUUCUGGAAUUAAAGUGGACAGGGCAGCAAUCUCCACCCUAUAAUAUAACUGGGCUGAGAGUCAGUUACACACUGAAUAGCCCCUUUUCACAAUGGUGUGCUCCAAUUUUUUUUAGUUAUUCAUUAUAAUGAAAUGUGGUCAUUUGCAACAUUUUACAGAAGUGGGUUUUUAAUAUUCCUAAGAUACUGUAACGGCCGAAAAUACUGUAGGAUACCAGGGAAAGCUUUUUUUUUUGUUUUUUUAUAGCUAGCCAGACGAUCAAUAACGGAGGGACACGAUGAGGAAAUGACAAACGCAGCAGGAAACAUUGAAGGGCAGGUGAAGUGGGAGUUGGGGGGGGGGGGGGAAAUGUUUGCUAACAUAGCAUAACACGGCCACGGAAACAAACAGGGGGGUUGCCACUCGCGCUCAGCGGGCGCGACCUUGAUCACAGCGCAGCGAAACUCGGUCAUAGGCACAGGGAAGGAGGGGGAGUGUGUAAUGACGUCAGAAGCGGAACUGUUUAUGUUAUUAAUAAACAGACGCAAACAGGGUCAAAACGGGCUUCUUAUACGGGGAGAUUUUAUUCGAGAAGUCAGAGUCACAGAGUCAGGGGGAAGCCAUGCUACUCCGCCAUCGAGACAACACGACGAUUGGUGAGUGAUCAGCCACGAAGCGACGAUGGUUUAACACUAGACAGCAGCACAACGGCCUUAUGCCCAUGUAGCUGGAAAUCUUCGAUAUCUCUCUCACUCAUUUCAAAAACUAAGAAUACGCAGUUUAACAAUAACUCGAUAAAAAUUAUGAAUAAUAAAUUAAUUUAAAACAGUCACGUAACUUGGGAGAAAUUAGUCUGCAACAGUUGGUAACUGCACAAACAAGUAAGAGACAAAUGAGGUUAAGAUUAAGCUCUAGGAAAUGGCCGACAGCACGGUUUAUUUAUUAACGACAGUAUCCCUGAUAGGCACGACUAUGGUUCAGUAAUUAUGGCCAAUUUAUGUGUGAUAAAUAGAAUGUUAUAAAUUGUAAUUAUAAAGACACAGAAAGUAGAGAAUUAUAUAUGUGUUGAAUAACUUGUUAGUUGAAACUGCGGAAAUAAACAUGUUCUUGUGGAAACGUUCACCCUUAACCUCUUUAUUUAAAAUGUUUUGCAAAUAGGGACUCGUCACCCUACCUUAAGGAUAAUUAAGGAAAAACACGAGUGGUGGAACCGCCCCCAGAACCUGAUACUCAUGACAGGGCCGUCACGAUUUCAGGAACACAGACGAUCCCGGUAGAUUCACUUCCAUUCCCUUUCCCCAUCAUCCUUCACGAUUCAUUUCAUUAUCAUCAUUUCACGUACAUAUUCCCUUCAUUUCCAUCUUUACGGUCGACACAGAUAAGUGUGAGUCGACGGCCGUAACAAUACAUAUUUGAUCUACUGCUGCUCUGUCGGUUAUAAAAUGUAACAAAUUAAAUACCAUGCAAAGUAAUACCAUUGAAUGUAGGUAAUAAAUUAAGUUGGUUUUAAAAUUUAAAAUUUAUUUAAAUAUUAUAGAUAAAGACCACUUUAUCAAGUUUUUUUGACAUGUUUAACACACUAGUUAAUGUGCAACAAAUAAGAUUUAGUUUUAAUUUUCCAACUUAGGUUCUAAUAUUUAAUCAAUUUAAAAACAAUCUAAUUUGAACUUUUGUGCAUACAAACUGUAGAUAAUUCUAAAAAAAUUUUGCUUUUCCCUUGAAUUUUCUAAUUAAUAUAACAACAAAUUUGUAAAGUUUAAAUUUUAUUUUGGAUGAUUCAAAGUAAAUGGCCCAGAACGUGUCAUACAACAUGCUGAAUUUUGCAGACAUUAUCUUUUAUCAAUUGAGGAAUAAGUACUGUUUGCAACCUUCAGGUCUUAAACUAUGCUACUCUGCCAAUAGCCAGGUAGCAAGCGAGGAAUAUCCCUUUACCGGCAUUCACAAUUACCCUCUUGUUUUCUCUAUCUGGCUGCAUAUAGCUCUUUCUGGACGCAUACAGUACGGCCUGUUGAUAUAUGCCACAUUCAGCCACCCUGUGCUUAGCACUUCUACAGUCGUUGCAGUACUUUCUGCGACUGAUGCAAGCGUACAACUCUUUCUAACCACAAUGACUUCAAAUGUAAACAAACAGGAUACAACAGAUAGUAAGAUAAACAUUUUUGUAGUAGGUUAGAGGAUUGCCAUGCUUCUGUGAGUGUGUUUUUGCAUAGCAUUGCUAUUAUUUAUAUAUUGACGUCGACCAGGGCUACGCCCUUCGUAAGCCAGAUGUGCCUCAUGCCACUGCCUACACCCUCUGUUUCGAACCUCCCACCGAGUGUUCGGCCACCCGGCAAGAGGCGCUGUGUUUGAGCCUGUGUUGUAGCCACAUACCAUUUAUAAUUUAGUCAAAUUAAUAAGUAUGGUUUUCUUUUGCUAUUUCUAUUUUUCCCAGGGUAAUUGUUUUCAGUUAAUUAUGAGGAUGGAGCAGCGCCAUGCGCGACUCUUUUCGGUGCACACCCUCAGUUGAGCGGUGAAGACUCCCCCUUUAAGAAUAAUGAACAUCAUAAACAAAUAAUUGUAAUAUGUAGUAAUUGAUCCUAAAUUAACGUGUACUUUUUGAAAAAUUUAAACAUGCUAUGUAUAUGUAUAUUUGCUUUGCUAUAUUAAUAGACUAACUGUAAAUCCACCACUUCCUGCAGCCAUGACACCCUGGCCAAUAGCCACUCUCUUCCAUUCGCCUUCCAGGGUAGGAAGCAUCUCCGCACCUCGUCGACUUCAACCUGUUGCUCGUUACUGAUCUGUUAACAUCUGCCGUCGUAUCUUUAAACUAUCUACUAUUUACUAUUCAUCUUUGAGGCCUACCUUGGCGGUAGACUGUUUUACCUAAUUGUUUAAAGCUCCCCGGAGCGUUUCAAAUAACAUGACUAUCUUUGUACUUUCGGGGCCAAGCAACGUGGUGUCCUGGUCAGCAUUAGAGUCUUGUUAAUGUAUGCGAUGGCACCAAUAAAACCGAAGUCACCGACUCGUUCGUAUUCAUCUCUUGACCACCUCAGUGCAGAGACUGAGGUGUGUGGGGCACCUCAAGACGCCACUGGCAGUCAUCUUCGCCGAUAACAUAGCGUGCCCACUGCUGAGAGCGGGCCGGUAAGUUCCAGUGUAUCCACACAGGGGGAAAUUGAGCCUAGCUCCCCACGGGCCACGUCACGACCCAGGGACAGAGUCAAUAGCUAGGUCAAUGUGCCCAUCCACAAGGUGGUGCCCAAGAUCUCUAUUUACACCAACCCGAACCCCCCCCCCCCCCCCCCGACGAUAUAUUUUUAAAAACAUGCUUUUGAGUAUUAAGUGUGACAUAUUAUUGGUAUUUUAGACACUAACAACACUAUGUAACUUUUUAAAUUCAUGUUUUCAUAAUACAUUUACAUAAAAAGGGGUAAGCAAACAUUCCAUUUUAAAAAUAACAUCACUAUGGACUGUCUCAUGCCUAAACCUUUAUUUUGACACUUCUAAGUUUUUUCACAAUCUACCUGUUAACAAGUAGUCAAUGAUAUGAAUGUUUAAGUCAACUGCAAGCAGUUGCACACAAAAGUGUGCACACUGACAAGUCAGAUGUAAUGCUUGCAUCUGCACACCCAUUAAAAAAUUACUUAAAUGCAUAACUUGGGAUGUUGCAAUACACGUCAAAUAUUGAAACUUAAAAAUUGCUUUGUCAGAAUUUCUUCUGAACAUUGGUUGAAAUAUUAUAUAAAAAUUUAAAGAACCACCAGCAUGAUAUGAUUAUAAAAUACAUCUUACAUUCUCUUUGAAAAUCUUAGGGUAUAUUGAACAAGCCAAUUAAAGUUGCAUCAGAGGACUGCUGAAACUUUCACUUGCAAUUCAUGUAAAAAAAAAAAAAAUACAUUCCUGAUUUUAAAACUUGACUUGGAAGAAUCUGUAAACAAACAACGUCCCUUAAUAUAGUUAUCCUCAAAUUCUGGGGAGAUAGACCGUAAAGUGGGAGUGACUGAGUGGCAAAAGUUACUUUAUAAUGUGUUAUUUUCAAAAGCUUUCUUUGUUGGUUCAUCAUGUCAACAAAAUAUUAAAAACACAAAUGUUUGUGUUUGGUACUGUUCAAAUACAACAAUAUCACUCCAACUUACCGUACACAGAAUUCUUCCUCUGUUGAUGUGAUUAUAAAUAUUCAGAUUUAACUUAUUGGCAAUCAUUGUCACAGUUGACACAUUCCAUAGAUUUGAAAGAUAUUUAAAUAAAAACAGUUUAAAAUAAGGCCAGGU